CAGAACGCGCUCUCCUGCGCGCCCCAGGGGGCGCUCACCCGGCGAUCUCCAUCGGUGCCCAGCAGUGACACCCGCAAGUUCCGCCCAGCAGUGCGCCCACUAGCUCCGCCCACCCGUGCCCAGCAGUGCACCCACCUGUGCCCAGCAGUGCCCCCACCUGUGCCCAGCAGUGCACCCACCUGUGCCACUCUGCAGUGCCACCUACCUGUGCCCAGAAGUGCCACCUACAUGUGCCCAGCAGUGCCACCCACCUGUGCCCACCCACCUGUGCCCACCAGUGCCACCCACCUGUGCCCACCCACCAGUGCUGCCCACCAGUGCCACCCACCAGUG